AUGAGCAACGACUCGGCAUCGGAGCCCCCUUCUUCUGUGGUGUCCUUCAGCUCAUACGCUGAUUUGCACACGUCCGCAUCCUCGUCUACUUCGUGCUCUUCAGUUGACUUCGGGUACAAUCUGUUCACUUCGUAUGGUCUACUUCUUGGCUCGGGCAACCAGGUGUGGCAUCCGCCCAUGCUUCCCCCCGACCAAUCUCCAUGUUUCAUACAUCCACCUAUGCUACUCCCUGACGAAUCAUCCGGUAUGUUCCUUCACCCACCCAUGCUUCACCAAGACGACACGGACACGAUACGAGCCCAGUUGACAACCUAG